CGCGCUCGGCGCUUCCCGCAGCCCCGGGGGCCGCGUCACCGCCCGCCGCCCCCCUCCCCGGCGGCAAGCCCGGCCCGAGCCAUGCUGCUCCUGGCGGCCGCCUUCAUCGUGGCCGUCGUCCUUCUCCUCUACAUGGUGUCGCCGCUCAUCAGCCCCAAGCCGCUCAAGCUGCCCGGCGCACACGUCGUGGUAACUGGAGGCUCCAGUGGAAUUGGAAAAUGUAUUGCUAUUGAAUGUUAUAAGCAAGGUGCUUUCAUAACACUGAUCGCAAGAGAUGAGAACAAGCUGUUACAGACAAAGAAGGAAAUAGAAAAGUACUCUGUUAAUGACAAGCAGGUUGUGCUAUGUAUUUCUGUUGAUGUAUCUAAAGACUAUGAACAGGUGGAGAAUGUUCUAAAACAGGCUCAGGAGAAGCUGGGGCCAGUUGACCUGCUUGUAAACUGUGCGGGAACAUCAGUUACAGGAAAAUUUGAAGAUAUUGAAGUGAAUUCUUUUGAAAGAUUAAUGGCAGUCAAUUAUCUAGGUAGUGUUUACCCGAGUCGUGCAGUAAUCUCUACCAUGAAAGAGCGGCGGAUGGGGAGGAUUGUGUUUGUGUCAUCUCAGGCUGGGCAAUUAGGCCUUUUUGGUUAUACAGCCUAUUCUCCAACCAAGUUUGCUCUUCGAGGAUUGGCUGAAGCCCUGCAAAUGGAGGUCAAACCUUAUAAUAUCUACAUAACCGUGGCCUAUCCUCCAGAUACUGACACGCCGGGCUUUGCAGAAGAAAGUAAAACAAAGCCCUUAGAGACAAAGCUCAUUUCUGAAACCUCAUCCGUUUGCCAAGCAGAACAAGUUGCCAGAGUUAUAGUCAAAGAUGCCAUACAAGGGAACUUUAACAGCUGUGUUGGAUCAGAUGGUUACAUGUUAUCAAUAUUGACAAGUGGAAUGUCACCAGUCACUUCUAUCACUGAAGGUCUUCAACAGGUUGUUUGCAUGGGCAUUUUUCGCAUCAUUGGCCUCUUUUACCUAGGAAGCUUUGACAGCAUAGUUCGACGCUGCAUGAUGCAGAGAGAGAAAUCUGAAAGUACAGAUAAGACUGAAUAAUCUUUAACUGAAUUGAAAGAAGAAUGUCAAACAGUCCUGGACAGCUUGCUGCUCAAGUGGGACUCAGCUUCUCUGUUGAAGGAUAUAGACUGAAGGUACUUGGUUAUGUGGUAGAUGAGUCCUCUCAAAAGCAAUGAAAGAAAACGGAAGUUUAACUCCAGAAAAUGCCAAGCUAUGCAAAAGAGUGAUUGAGGAUUAGAUUUAUUUUUUUCCUUUGGUGAUUUGAGCUGGAGAGAAUUUGGGAACAUGUAAGUCAUCUGUAGGAUAGAACUUAAGAAUGGACCAUGUGUGGUAAUUCUGGACAAAUGCUUAAGUUUUCUCACUUUGGUGCUUAUGUGGGAAAAAAAAAAAA